AUGAUUCCUCCACCAGUGGACCCAGCCUUACUGCGGGAGCAUGCAUACGCCGACACCGGCAACUUGGAAAUCGUUCUUAACCCGAAAACCUUCACCGACUUUGGUGGGUUCAAAUCGAUCGAAAAGUAUGGGUUGGGGUACUUCAACUAUAUGUUUGCAUUAGAUAAACGUGUGACGGAAGUUUCUAUUAAGGAUAUAUUACGCUGUCACAUAUACAAGCAUUUUAAUUUUUACUUCGUUAUCCUGGUAAUGCUCACCUUGAUGUGGCUUCUAUCUUUGACGAUAUACGCGGAGUCGUUAAAAGAGAAGAUCAGCUUUGAUUUAGGCAGAUCACGCUCGCACAAGAAGAAGUCCGGUGAAAUUUCAUACGAUCAUGUUCAAGUUUAG